CCCCGCCGCCGCCGCCGCCGCUCUCCCGGUCGCGUCCGUCGCUCCCGGCGCCGUCUCGUCGCCACCGACACCAUGAACAAGAAGAAGAAGCCGUUCCUGGGCAUGCCAGCGCCCCUGGGCUACGUCCCGGGGCUGGGCCGCGGGGCCACGGGUUUCACCACGCGCUCCGACAUCGGCCCCGCGCGCGAUGCCAACGACCCCGUGGACGAUCGGCAUGCGCCGCCCGGCAAGAGGACGGUGGGGGACCAGAUGAAGAAGAACCAGACAGCUGAUGAUGAUGAUGAGGAUCUGAAUGACACCAACUAUGAUGAGUUCAAUGGGUAUGCAGGCAGCCUGUUCUCCAGUGGUCCUUAUGAAAAAGAUGAUGAGGAAGCAGAUGCUAUUUAUGCAGCUUUGGAUAAGAGGAUGGAUGAACGUAGGAAGGAAAGAAGGGAGCAACGAGAAAAAGAGGAAAUAGAGAAGUACCGUAUGGAGCGCCCCAAGAUUCAGCAGCAGUUCUCAGACUUGAAACGGAAGCUCGCCGAGGUGACAGAAGAGGAGUGGCUCAGCAUUCCAGAAGUUGGUGAUGCCAGGAACAAGCGUCAGAGGAAUCCUCGUUAUGAGAAGCUGACUCCUGUACCUGACAGCUUCUUUGCAAAGCAUUUGCAGUCAGGGGAGAACCACACUACUGUGGACCCACGCCAAACGCAAUUUGGUGGAUUGAAUACCCCAUAUCCAGGGGGCUUGAAUACUCCAUAUCCAGGAGGAAUGACACCAGGCUUGAUGACACCUGGGACAGGAGAAUUGGAUAUGAGGAAGAUUGGCCAAGCCAGGAACACCUUGAUGGAUAUGAGGCUAAGCCAGGUGUCAGACUCUGUGAGUGGCCAGACUGUAGUGGACCCAAAAGGAUAUUUGACAGACUUGAAUUCCAUGAUCCCCACACACGGAGGAGAUAUCAAUGAUAUCAAGAAAGCCCGUUUGCUCCUGAAAUCUGUACGGGAGACCAAUCCUCACCAUCCACCGGCCUGGAUUGCAUCAGCCCGGCUGGAGGAGGUCACUGGCAAGCUCCAAGUGGCUCGAAAUCUCAUCAUGAAAGGAACAGAGAUGUGCCCCAAGAGUGAAGAUGUCUGGUUAGAAGCUGCUCGGCUUCAGCCUGGGGACACAGCCAAGGCUGUUGUGGCCCAAGCUGUCCGGCACCUUCCGCAGUCCGUCCGCAUCUACAUAAGAGCAGCAGAGCUGGAGACGGACAUCCGUGCAAAGAAACGUGUCCUCAGGAAAGCCCUCGAGCACGUUCCAAACUCGGUGCGUUUAUGGAAGGCAGCCGUGGAGCUGGAGGAACCUGAGGAUGCCAGGAUCAUGCUGAGCCGGGCUGUGGAGUGCUGUCCAACUAGUGUUGAACUGUGGCUCGCCCUGGCGAGGCUGGAGACGUACGAGAACGCUCGGAAGGUGCUUAACAAGGCGCGGGAGAACAUCCCGACGGAUCGGCACAUCUGGAUCACUGCUGCCAAGCUGGAGGAAGCCAAUGGAAACACCCAGAUGGUGGAGAAAAUCAUUGACAGAGCCAUCACAUCUCUCAGGGCCAACGGUGUGGAAAUCAACAGAGAGCAGUGGAUACAGGAUGCUGAGGAGUGUGACAAAGCGGGAAGCGUGGCCACAUGCCAGGCAAUCAUGAGAGCUGUCAUUGGGAUUGGCAUUGAGGAGGAAGACAGGAAGCACACCUGGAUGGAAGAUGCAGACAGUUGUGUUGCCCAUAAUGCUCUGGAGUGUGCCAGAGCAAUUUAUGCCUAUGCCUUGCAAGUGUUCCCCAGCAAGAAGAGCGUGUGGCUGCGGGCAGCGUACUUCGAGAAGAACCACGGGACAAGAGAAUCCUUGGAGGCUCUUUUGCAGAGAGCUGUUGCUCACUGUCCCAAAGCAGAAGUGCUGUGGCUGAUGGGAGCCAAAUCCAAGUGGCUGGCAGGAGAUGUGCCAGCAGCCAGAAGCAUUUUGGCCCUGGCUUUCCAGGCCAACCCCAACAGCGAGGAGAUCUGGCUGGCUGCCGUCAAGCUCGAGUCGGAGAACAAUGAAUACGAACGAGCGAGGAGGCUGCUGGCAAAAGCUCGCAGCAGUGCUCCCACUGCAAGGGUCUUCAUGAAGUCUGUGAAGUUAGAAUGGGUGCUUGGGAACAUUGCUGCAGCCCAGGAGCUUUGUGAGGAAGCUCUGAGGCACUAUGAGGACUUCCCCAAACUGUGGAUGAUGAAAGGACAGAUUGAAGAACAAAAGGAGCUGGUAGAGAGAGCACGAGAGGCUUAUAACCAAGGGUUGAAGAAGUGCCCCCAUUCCAUCCCCCUGUGGCUUCUGCUGUCCAGGCUGGAGGAGAAGGUUGGGCAGCUGACUAGAGCAAGAGCCAUCUUGGAGAAGUCUCGCCUAAAGAAUCCAAAGAAUCCAGACCUCUGGCUGGAGUCUGUGCGCUUGGAGUACAGAGCUGGGCUAAAGAAUAUUGCAAAUACUCUGAUGGCCAAGGCCUUGCAGGAAUGCCCCAAUUCAGGAAUCCUGUGGUCAGAGGCCAUUUUCCUGGAAGCACGACCGCAACGGAAGACCAAGAGUGUGGAUGCUCUCAAGAAGUGUGAACAUGACCCACAUGUCUUGUUGGCUGUGGCCAAGCUCUUCUGGAGCGAGCGUAAGAUAACCAAGGCCAGAGAAUGGUUCCACCGAACAGUGAAGAUAGAUUCUGACCUGGGGGAUGCCUGGGCUUUCUUUUACAAGUUUGAGCUCCAGCAUGGCACAGAGGAACAACAAGAGGAGGUGAGGAAGCGCUGUGAGAACGCAGAGCCUCGCCAUGGGGAGCUCUGGUGUGAUGUCUCCAAGGACAUACAGAACUGGCAGAAGAAGAUUGGGGAGAUUCUCAUGCUUGUGGCUGCCAAGCUUAAAAAUACCUUCUAGAGUCUUCUGGCUUCAGCUGCAGAAGUCACCCCUUAGGACUUGGCUACUUACCUGCUUCUGGUGCACCUGCCCUUCGGGUGAUGUGGAUUUUGGAGGACAAGAGACGGGUUGGUGAUGUGAAAAAUCUUCCUUCCAAACAGAAGAGCUGCCUCCUCCUCCUCCUGCACAGCACGUCCAGGCAUCGUUGUUGCUGUCACACAGGCACCAGUGGCCUCGUGAAGCUCUGCUGUCCUUUCCAUCUUGGUGCCUGAACCCCUCCUGUACAUACAGGCUUUAAUUAGUGCUUGUGGGGAAGUCUGGCCCUGAGCACUUCCUUGGGUUUCUUCCCCAGCAUGCCUCCCUGUCCUGCUGUUUCUGUAGUGUUUCACCCACCUGGUUCCCUGGUUUGUUGCUGGUGCUGAAUGUCCUUGAAGGGAAGGAGUGGAGCUGUGUGGGACCAGCAGCCAAAGGGAAGGGCUGGCCUCUUCUUUGGUUUUGUGCCCCAAGGCUGGUUUAGCUUGCCCUUCUCUGCCACAGCCUGCAGCCCAGCCUGGAAACUUCCUCAAAGCUGAGCAGCUCCAGCAGUUUGUGACAUCCAAGAGCAUAUUUUUACAGGCCUUGUCCUCCAUUUUUUAGAUGUACAUGGUGGAACCUCACUCUUCCAGGUGUCUGAUUUCGUUAAGCACAGCAGUAUUUAAAAGCAACAAAGCAGGCUCCAGCAACCCCUGAAGGCCCUUUUGAAAGAAGAACCUUUCUUUAGAGCCACUGAGAGACUCUGCUGUUGUGCAGUGGCCACAGCUCCUGGCUGGGAUGUUGAAGAUGACUCUUGUCAAGUGCAGGGUGGAAAAAACCCAAAUCCAUGAGAGGAGAAGCUAUGUGUUUGGGACCCUUUGUAAGCUGUCUUCAGUCUUCUACACUUGUGAGCUGUUUGUUGACCCCUCAGACCCUGACUUUGUUGUGAUCACUGGAUGCAGAGUGGUCAUCUGAUGUGGUAGGCUCUAGCAACAGUACCUGGGUCUCUGUGUGCUUUCCAUGAUGUGCUUAGUUGGAGGAGAAAAGCCCUUACCCCACUUGUUUAGACAAUAUAUAUAUGUAUAAAAUACA